GACACGUAGAGGUUCGUGCAAGAGGAGCUUGUGCAGCGUACUUGAGGGAAAAGAAAGCAAGGACUUACUUAGUUUUUUCUGGUUGUUGGUGCUGACCCUGACACUGAGUGAGCUGUUGCAAGUGGAUGCUCAUUGUUGAUUCGAGUACAAGCAAUAAGGUCUCCUGCUAUAUUUGUUUCUGAUCUUUUUUUACCUCUUCGCGCUCUACUACACCAGUACUACUGGACUACGAGUUUUCUCUGUCAGCGCUGGAAGUAGAACUACGCGACGCAUACCUUUGGCCUCUAUACUGCAGCGCUCUCUGCUCCUCGUCCUCCUCCGCUGUGUUUUUGUCCGGCGCUUCGACGUAAAGUAGAUUUCUGACGAAAGAUCCGCUUUUUCGCCAAAGGAAAACCACAUUUUUGACAUCGUAGUGGGCACCACCAAAGACUACAAUUCGAAUUGCCCUGGAACGUCGAAUCUGCUAACCGGCUACUUGUGCUUUUGUUCGUCGUCGAAGAAUCAGUUUUUAUCUCCGGGUCGUUUCUUCCCUUGCGGCGAGCACCCACGGUCUACCGCCGAUAGUACCGGCAUUCCGCGACUCCACCCCGGGUUGUAGUGGUGUGUUGUUGAGAAGAUCAACGCCUGAACAAUUAUCGCCCCACUGCUGACAGCCAACGAAGUGCUGUAAGUACCUGCGGGCAGGAUCAGGAAAAAACGCAGAGGGCAACAAACAACAUCGAGCGCCGAAGUCUUUUUACCACGUCCACGCCCGAGUACAACUAACUGCUAGAAAAUGGUGCUGUACAAAACGAAGGAGAUUCUGAUCGACGGCAAGAUUAUGCAUUGCAAACGUAUCGUACUCGUAGUAAUCGCAGUCAUGCAUUACAAAUCUACAUCCCAAGGUAAAAAAACAGCAUGACAAAUUGCAUUUGUAGUCAUGCUGAGCCAAUUUGUAUCGCAAGUUAUACUAGUGCGAUACUUUUGCAGUUCAUAAAGAUCGUCUACGAGGUGCCCGAGCACCUGGAGUUGAUAAAAAAAGUCGGUUAUCAAAUGCAAAAUAAAUGUCUGGGUCUGGGAGAAUGCAAGUUUGUCAUGCUUGUCUGGCAUGACUCGAGAAUCUGUGUUGCAUAGUCACGAAAAGGCCCUCUUACCUGUCAUGCAAAAACGCAGUUUGCCAUGCGGAAUACGUAUGACAUGGGAGCCAAAAAAUUUUUCAUGCAUAGCUGCGUAUUUUUGCAGUGCGUCUACCAUUCACUUUUAGCAUUACAAGUUUCCAGACCCAGACAUAUUUCCAAUCCAUAUUGGUUCCGGGGCGUACGGCUGUGUGGCGAGUUUCAUGGACAACAACCGGAAGGAAAAAGUCGCGAUCAAAAAAAUCACCAACGCCUUCGCGGACCUUAUUGACGGGAAGAGAAUACUGCGGGAGAUCAAGCUGCUGUCGCACUUCAAGCACGACAACAUCAUUCAGAUACUGGUAAAUUUUCAUUUUGGAUGAUUGUUUGAUAAAUCUGAUGUUCUGUGUUUUCUUGUCAUGCGGAGUUUUGCUUCUGUCCUUGAUGUGCUUGAUUGUCAUUGUGGUCGUUAGCUGCUGUAGAAGAUUGGGCAUGUACUAGCGAGCAAAGUAAUAAACCGAACAAAUUUUUUAUUAUCAGGACAUCUUCCCACCGAAAUCCCGGGAGUUUGACGACAUCUACAUAUGAGAGUGCACAACUUCCUCUCCCCUCAUUUGUAGGGCAUGGCCAUUAAUACAAGCAACGGCAGAAAUGUAGCUUCCGCAUGACAAAUUUACGUGCGGACUGUAGUACUGUUUGAGCAGCUUCGGAAAUUUGUCUUGCAGAGAGUGCUCAGAAGCACGAUGGGGAUUUGGGAUUUUGCAUUACAAAUAAGGGAAAGGGGGAGUUGUCAACUCUCAUAUUCCAUCGUGACAGACCUGAUGGAAACCGAUUUGCACCGGGUGAUCUACUCAAAACAAGCCCUAACGGAGGAACACGCGCAGUACUUCAUCUACCAGGUAUAGAGACAUGUACAUUCAUCUACCAUGUCUAAAUUUUAGAUUUUUUUCGGCCUGAAGAAAACUACAGCAGGCUCAUGCCGAAUGAUCAGCAUGAGUAUCUUCAAAUCUCAUAACCAUACUGUUUCUACUCUUGCAGGUUCUCCGCGGGCUUUACUACCUCCAGUCGUGCAACGUUGUUCACAGGGAUUUGAAACCCAGCAACCUCUUAGUGAACAAAAACUGCGACUUGAAAAUCUGCUAUGCUGUCGGAAAAAAAAAGACAAAGAAGAAAAGAGAGGCUCAAGAAGCAAGAUGACUACUUCGGCGCUCGUGCCGAUAAAAAUGAACACUAAGGGUGCGCCUGGUUUUGCAUGGUACUAUGAUCAGGCGCCUCGGAUCAACAUCGCAAGUGGGACUUCUCUUCUUCUAUCCAUACGAUUUUGACCAUCCCAUAUCUGCGAUUUCGGUCUGGCACGAGGCAUGAGCGAGGACGAAGACGAUCCAGGUAAAAACAAUUUGAACUUGCUAUUCCUAGUUUCGUGUAUGGGUUUAAAAUUGUCAUGCCCACCAGUUCAUCACACCAAGACCACUGCUUGAUUUUGUCAUGCGUGUCGUCCAAAAGUAAACAGUUACGAUGUGAAAAACUCUUUCCCACCUCAGGUCUGACCGACUACGUCGUCACCCGGUGGUACCGUGCUCCGGAAGUGGUGCUUGCAGCGAGUGCGUACUCGGAAAAAAUCGACGUGUGGUCAGUCGGGUGCAUCCUCUACGAGAUCCUUGCCCGGAAACCCUUGUUUACCGGCAAGGACCACUUGGACCAGAUCCGAAAAAUCAUCGAGAAGGUCGGAACCCCGGGCGAUAACGAUUUGAAGUGGAUCCCCGAGAAGGGCCCGAGCCGGAAGUUUUUGGCCAAGUGCCCGAUCAGCAACGGCAUCGCCAUGAAGGACCUCCUGCCGAACGGGAUCCAGGACGCGUAUGACCCGCUCAAACGUUACAAUCUCAAACGUUGCAAUAGAAUAUGAAAAUCUGUAAUGCAAGAGUGCGUGAUCUAGCCUACUCCCACAGGAUUGCGCAUGACAAGUUCUCGAAUCCCAAACCGCACUAGAAUCUGCCGAGAUUUGUAUUGCAGAAAGUGGAACGCUCGGCAAGUCUGUCAUGCGCGUCAUGCAAUGCAAAAUCCAGAGUCUAUUUUAACGUUUGAGAUUGUAACACCUGAGCGGGUUAUAACGCGACCGUGGAUUUUUUGACGAAACUGCUCACGUUUGACCCAACCAAGAGGAUAUCGAUCAAGGUUUGUAUACUUGUUACGUCGUUUUCUGUUUGCAUAACACUUGAUGACUUAAUGUGGGGCAUGAGAGAUUGGUACACGUACAAUCAAUGUCAUGCGAAAAUAGCAUUCGAAAUUCAAAUUCCUCCAUCAUCAAAAAACAGAUAUGGAUUGCAAAAAUGUCUGGGUCUGGAAAGUUGGAACUUGUAA